UAUUUCAGUAUCCUGCCCAAGAAUAGCCACCGAGUGACGGGAGGGGAGGCUGAUAGUGUGUGUGUGAAUAAGAGAGCAACAGGGGGAAUGAGAGAACGAGGGAGUGUUGAGUCCAUCAGUGACGGAGUCUGUGUGUUUGAGACAAGUAGAGAGAGGGAGAGAUUUCCCAGCACAGUUUGAUCGGCACCUCGGUUCUCCCUCCCGCUGCGUGAGUUACGGCUCCGACACUUCCAACGAUCACAGAGGAUUUUACCCAGAGCCCAAGGAGUUGACUCAAUCUGCCGGAGAUGAGCGUGGAAAUGAACGGGCGCGCCGUGCCACCUUCCAUACCUGAGGAUGGCGAAGCCCCGGACCACAUCCGCCACGGAGAGAUGAACGGCUACCAGAGGCUUCAGGCUGGGGACGGGGGAGAGGCUGAGCUCCCGGUGUCCAAGUCCCAGAGACGGAAGAGUGACGUCAAAGUCUAUAAAGAGUUCUGUGACUUUUAUGCUCGCUUCAACAUGGCCAACGCCCUGGCCAACGCCAUGUGUGAGCGCUGCAAGAGUCGCUUUGCGCCGGCGGAAAAGAUAGUGAACAGCAACGGGGAGCUUUACCAUGAGCAGUGCUUCGUCUGUGCGCAGUGUUUCCAGCAGUUCCCAGAGGGACUCUUCUAUGAGUUUGAAGGCAGGAAGUACUGCGAACAUGACUUCCAGAUGCUGUUCGCUCCUUGCUGCCAUCAGUGUGGUGAGUUCAUCAUUGGCCGAGUGAUCAAGGCGAUGAACAACAGCUGGCACCCCGAGUGUUUCUGCUGUGACCUUUGCCAGGCCGUUCUCGCAGAUGUUGGAUUUGUUAAAAACGCCGGACGGCAUCUGUGUCGCCCCUGUCACAACAAGGAGAAAGCCCGUGGACUGGGAAAAUAUGUCUGUCAGAAGUGUCACGCCAUCAUUGACGAGCAGCCGUUGCUUUUCAAGAACGACCCCUAUCACCCGGAUCACUUCAACUGCAACAACUGCGGUAAGGAGCUGACAGCGGAUGCCAGGGAGCUGAAAGGCGAGCUCUACUGUCUGCCCUGCCAUGACAAGAUGGGCGUCCCAAUCUGCGGAGCCUGCAGGAGACCCAUCGAGGGCCGCGUGGUCAACGCCAUGGGCAAGCAGUGGCACGUCGAGCAUCAUGUGUGUACUGUGUGUGAGCGCCCGUUUCAGGGCCACCCGUUUUACGAACGAGGCGGCCGUGCCUAUUGUGAGAGACACUUUGACAUGCUGUUCGGAGACGUUUGCUACCACUGCAAUCGUGUCAUCGAGGGAGACGUGGUGUCUGCCCUCAACAAGGCCUGGUGUGUCAACUGCUUCGCCUGCUCUACCUGCAACACCAAGCUCACUCUCAAGGAUAAAUUUGUUGAGGUGGAUCUGAAGCCUGUGUGCAAACACUGCUUCGAAAGACUCCCAGACGAUUUGAGACGUCGGCUGGCCAAGCGUGAGCGUGACUCAAAAGAGAAGAAGAAGAAACCGCUGAUACCCAUGUGUCUUUGAUACUCCCUUGCUCUCUGUCCUCCUUGCAGCUGUUCCUCCUUUGGUCAGUUUUGAUCUUCCUUCAGUUUUCUGCUUUUCCAUAUUUAACCCUAAAACCUCUCUAACACUCAUUGAAGCAGAGAUUUGGCUUAGUUGAGUGACGUAAUACUGAAAUGUUUUUCCCCGCACGUGACUGCCUCUCAGCAGGAAAUGAAGAUCAGGAUUUGGACCAGAGCUUGCUGUGCAAACAGCAGAAUCAGAAUCAGUCGCAGGCUGAAGGGAACGCUUUGUUUCCUGGUUCCCCCCGUCUGUCUGGCGUUAGGAGUAAAUCCGUAAUCAC